AUGAUGGGCGAGGUGGAAGAAGAGCGGCUAGCCCAAGGCUUCUUUGGCAGCUCCAGUGCUGCCAGCUUCAUCCGACAAAUCAGAACCGCUAUUGACCAAAGGGUCCCGUCACCAUAUCGUGGAACAUCCGACUCGAUCCUCGGAGCGGCAUCCUCGUCCGGGCUGAAGUCCUCGCGAACACAGCGUCCGUCUGCAAUUUCUAACUACGUCCUUCCGCCUCGAAAAACGGCAGACAGUCUGAUGGAGGUUUACUGGACCUUUGUCUUUCCUCUUUAUCCCCUCAUCGAUAGUCUGAAUCUACGAGCUGAAUACUCGAGGCUCUGGACUGGAGAGCCUUCUCACUCGGACGAGAAUAUGCUGAUGUGCACUUUCAACGUGAUCUUUGCAUUGGCCUGCCAGCUAGCUGACUUCAUUCCACCCGAAGAGCGGGAGGCGUCGGCAGAUGCAUUUUUCUCUCGCGCCAAAGAUCUUCUUCAAUUCAAUCUGUGGAAUACAGGCUCCGCAGAGCUCAUUCAGUGCUUGCUGCUCAUGGCUCAGUAUCUCCAAAGCACAGACUCCGCUCAUCAGUGCUGGAUCGUCACUGGGUUGGCCAUUCGAAAUGCACAGAGUCUGGGACUACAUCUUCCGCAGACUAGUGCUCGUCUACGUAAUCCUCAGGAGAAGCAGCUGGCCCGGAAGAUCUGGCACGGAUGCGUGUUGAUGGACAGGGUAAUUUCCAUGACUUUCGGUCGCCCCUCCAUGAUAGCUAAAGCGUCCGGUGGCUCCGUGCCGCUACCAGCGACUGUCGACGAAGAAUAUAUACCCUCUGCAGGCACCGACAUAAUUCAACCGGCUGGUCGACCUUCUGUGAUGGCAUUUUAUGCCAAGUCUUUGGAGCUCUACGAAAUUUUAAAUGAUAUUCUUCUCAGCCUCUACAACCCUAAUCCGGAUGAAAGUCCGGAAGAUGUUUACGAUUUUUAUUUCAACAAACAGACCACGGAGGGUGGUCAUACGAUGUUCGAAUUGGACCGAGCGCUCACCAAGUGGUCACGAACCCUACCAGAGCACUUGCGAGGUGACACUUCUCUCGCUUACGGCGACAAAAUGUUCUACCAUCAGAGCGUUGUACUACGAGCACGGUUCCUCCAUGUGCGCAUGCUUCUUUUCCGACCCAUUCUGUCCAAAUACUGUACCUCCCGCGACAUCGGAGUCGCCGAUCCCCUUAUCUGUCUUCAAGAUUCAUUUCCCCAGCGUAUAGCACUCCAGUGCUCUAUUAUCUGCGUCAAAGUCGCACAGGAGGUUAUUGGCCUGAUCCACGGUCACAUUCCCGCCGACGGAUCGGCUGGUCCACUCCCUGCGUGGUGGUAUAACAUUCUCUACGUCUACACAGCUGCCACCGUUCUGAUUGCCGGCCGCCUUUGCCCAGCCAUCCUGGAAGAAGUCACUGAGCCCGCCAUUACCGAAAGCUGGGACCAUGCGCUCGAGAUCCUUCGCAGAUACCACAGCUACAGCACCUCCGCGCGUCGUUGUGUUGCUGCGCUAGAGAUACUGUAUGAGCGCGUUGUGUCGGAGGGCCGUUCGACGGAUCAGGAGCUGCCCUCCCAAGCCGUUCAAACUGGAACUUCCACGUCGAAUGGGUUCGGAGAUGUGUCGCUCGGGGAGGGAUUCAACAGUGGCUUGUUUGAGGGCAUUGAUCUGUUGGACUUUCAGGAUAUGUCGUGGUUGAACAGUGUCCCGAGUAAUCUGUUCUGA